ACAGCAACAGCAGCAGUUCGGUGAGUGUUCUCCGUAUUUGGGUGCGGGUUAGGCGCACAGAGAAAAAUAAACUUUUCACUGAAUUAUUUCACAACACGCACUCAAAAUUCCAGUCGCAGUCUCAGUUUUUCUUCAGUAUCUUCAGUCUACCGAGUGUCGCGAUAAAGUGCGUUUCGAUUUAUACCUAUCUACAUUGAUAUUGUUUUUGAGUGAAGCCCUCUUUUGUGUCCGCAGAUAGAACGAUUAACGUCCGCUAGAAUUUCCAUUUCAACAAAAAAGCAAAACAAAUUCGAUUGACAAACAAAAUUAAUUAAUUAAAAUAUCUUUCAGUUAACCCUCCUAUACAGUGAGUGUGAUUAAAAUUCGUCCAUCACAUCAAUAAGGACUUUCUCAAGGAGAGAAGAAAAAACCAAGAAAGAAAAAAAAAACAAAUGAACAAGAAAAAAGUUCCUCCCUUGAAAUAAUUUUUGUUUGCUUUUUAUUUUAUUUCUGCUCGAUAAUUGAGUUUUGCGUUGGUUUUUGUUGACGAUAUUCGAAUUCGAAGAGAUGGAAGAAGUUGUGGUCGCGAAUCAAUCUCUUAACACAGAUACCUAUAUAUCCUUAUAAGUUAAAAAGGAGCAGAUCCUUAACUUCUUCGGGUAGAAGAGUAAUCCUACAAACCAAAAUCGAUUUGUGUUAGAUUUCUUUUUUUUUGUUUGAAAGUUUUACCAUACAUCUAAAGGAUUGUAUAUUUAUAUCUAUACAUUUUACCAUUUUGUAUCUCAAAGUGAAAUAAAUUGAAUAUCUUAUUUAUGCCUUUUGCAUAAAAUACCAACCUGCUGGUGUAUAUUUUUGUUGUUGUUUUGUUGUGUGGUGCAGUUUUUCUAUUUUCUUCUUGCGUCCUUUCAUAAAGCCUGAUUUUACACCCCCAACCAACCCAAAAAAAAUGUGUAAAAGUGUAUAAGUGUUUGUGUUUAUGUGAUUGUGUGUGUGUGUGAAGUAAGAGAUCCUUUUAGUGGUGAAACAAGGGUGGUGGUCUAGGUCUAGUAAAGCAGAGAAAGGGGAAAUACAACAAAAAGAAAAAAGAAUACAAAAAAUAAAUAUAUAAAAUAAAGUGCAAACACUACACUCUGAGAGAAGGAAGGCUGCAAAAAGUACAACAUCACACGUAGAUACAUUCGGUGGCCCUACACAACGCUUGGCUCGUCAAGCAUAGGCAAAGGCAAAGGCAAAACCAAAAGCAAUAGCAAACGCAAAAGCAACGAACCAACAAAAAUAUUAUCGAGCUACAACAACCCUCUUGUUCGACAAAAGAGGGUGUGUAGAGGGCGCUGCUGUGUUGCUUCUGCAACGACUAGUUAAAGCUAUUGCCAUAUAUGUAGCUCUUCAACCCCGAACUCAUUUUGUGGAUUACCAACAAUUUUUCAUAUAUUUCGUUGUUUUUUUUUUGUAUUAAUUUUGUUUUGCUUCCUCAUACACAUCCGUUGGAUGAAAUAUUUCGAAUGCUGUACCGAAUGAUAAGCUGUUCAUGUUCAAUGCAAGAGUCAUUAUUAUUCUCUAAAUGACGAAAUCAGUUCUACAACAAUUCAAAGAUAAAUCAGAAACCACAACAAUAACAGAACAUCAACAACAACAACAUUAACAAGAUUGACUAAUUAACAAAUCUCCGCAUAACAUUCCAUGUGUUGCAUAACAUUUGAAAUGUGCUGCUGCCGCACUAAAUAACUAAGGCUGAAGCUCACCAACUGAAUUUGACUUUGUUUUUGUUUCGUCAUUGCCACAGUUAUACGAAGUUAAAAUUAGAAAAUUUUACCCAAAACGUCAACGAACGACAACGACGACGAAGAAGUUACCGCCGUCUCCGCCGACAACGGCUUUUGGGAGAUAGGAUGCAAAUCAACGGAACAACAGGACCAACAAUGGCUGCUUCAGAGCCACCAGAGCCCCCACCAAGGAAUCCGGACCGAAUAAAUGCUUCAUUAAAUAAAUUUACAGACACAAAAACAACAAAAUCCUUGGACACGAACGAUAAGCCCGUCAACAAUAACAAACCUUUGAAGCCACUGCUGUCAUUGGACAAUACCCUGGCCACGUCACCGUCGACGUCACUGUCAUCAUCCUCGGCCACAAACAGUAGUGGCAGCCUAACAACGACCGCCUCGGGUGGACUCGGAUCCGUUCACUCGCCUUCCUCCGGUCACAUCUUCAACAAAAGAAUGGAAAUUAAUAGCCAGGGUAGUAGCAAUAAUGGGGGCGGUGGAGGCAAUGGAUGUGCUCCUCCUGGUAGCAACAGCUCACCUGGAUCGAAUGGUAUUAGAAAUCUUAUACUCACAUCGCCCCUUUGCGACAACAUCCAUCAAAGGUCAGUGAAUUUAAAUAAAAGUGAGUCGAACAAUCAUCUUCUCCAAUUUGGUGGUGCUGGAGCCGGAGGAGGGGCAGGAGGACCAGGCGGAUCUGGAGGUGGAGGCAUUGAUGGUGGACAAAUUGAUAUGAUGAAUGGAACAAAUCACGCCGCCAUGACUACGGUUGAUAAGAAAAACGCCAAUGAUGUUGUUGUUAAAUUCAUGGAUUUAGGACUCAGUGGCACAGGUGCUCAAGGUGUAAACGGCUGCAGUCUAUUUAGCACCAAGGACCAACAUCUUAAUAACAUGGAUAAGGGCGCAAGUGGAGGUGGAGGAGGAGGCAGCAGCAAUAGCAGCAGUUGCGAUGGUAAUCGCAAUGACGAUUCCAAGUUUCAAUUUAACGAGGCAAAAGAUUCCCCGUCGAAAUUGAGAAUAGAAAACGAACGACUUAAUUCGGAAAUUCAAAGAUUACGUAAACUACUUGAAAACUCACCGGACGGAGCUGUCGGUGGCAUAGAUUUAUCGGAUAGUAACAGCUGCGAUGCCCAUUCCACGGACGGCGGCGGAAGCUCCAGCCGUAUUGAUCGAUUGGAAGCCGAACUCAAGGCAGCCAAAACACAAAUAACCGCCCUCCGUUUGGAGCGGAAGAAACUUAAAACUGACAAAACAGAUCUGCUGGCACACGUUAAACAGUUGUGCGCCUCGUUGCAGGACAAAGAACAGGAGCUUAGGGACUUUAUUCGUAAUUACGAACAAAGGAUCCGCGAGAGUGAAACGAACAAUGCGAAAAUGUCCUCGGACCGGGAACGCGAACGAUGGUCGUUGCUGAAGCACGCCCGGGACGAGGCGGAGAGGUCGUUGGCAUUGGCCCAACAAUUGAGUGCGCGUGAUGUGCAAUUGCAAAGGCUGCAGGAGCAGCUCCAGGAGGCAAGGAGACAAUUAUCUGGUUGUUUAUCGGAUCAGGAGAGUCUUUUGUCGUUUGCACCAUUAACACCUCCAUCGGGUUUGAUUAACCAUUUGGCAGCAUCGUCGGCUAAUUCCAAUGCACUGGCGGCCUACGGAACCACUGGUGGUGGAGGUGGUGGUGGCAGUAUAGCUGGUGGAAGUAGUAUCGGCGGCGGAGGAGGCGGAAGUGCUGGCGGUGGGAGUGGCGAUUCGGGGGUGCGUGGCAGCAGCGACCGGGAGAGUGCUGCAGGUGAUUUGAAUCUCAGCGAUGGCACGUGCGAGAACGGGCCGUGCAUCACCGUAGAUCCAGAUAGUAUCUCCAUCGUGUCCAGUCAGAAUAUGUAUCAAUUUGGCACACCCAAAGAGAGAAGUCCUACACUGUCGCCUUUGAAUUCAGCUGCAUACUCAAGGUCCGUUGAGCAACUGGGUUCGCCGGGUGACAAUGAAUGUCCUUCGGCACUCACUCGGAAAUUUGCCGCUGGCAAACCUGGAGCUCUGAACUCCCGCAAUGGACGUGGUGGUACUUGGGGUAGUAUAUCUAGGGUAUUCGCUAGGUCCAGAAACAAAAGCAAAGCUCUGAGUGCCGACACUGCCAGCGAAUAUUCCGAUUACUCAUGGAACUCCCUAACCGAAGAGGGAUAUGCCGAAAAACUCCGCCUACUACGUGAAGCCUCCCAGGUCCCCAUGGAACGUUGGCGAGCCUCUCAAGUACUCGCUUGGUUGGAAGUCGCUCUCGGUAUGCCCCAAUACAGCACACGAUGUUCCGAAAAUGUCAAAAGUGGCAAAGUCCUGCUCGAACUUAAUGACGCCGAACUAGAAACCGGUCUGGGACUCGCACAUCCUAUGCAUAAGAAGAAACUACGCCUAGCCAUUGAGGAACAACGACGUCCCGAACUGGUCAGGUAUCCGCUAAUAACACAACUUGGUCACACAUGGGUCGCAUCCGAAUGGCUUCCAGACAUUGGUCUACCGCAGUACACCGAAUCAUUCCUUCAUUCGUUGGUCGAUGCUCGAAUGCUAGAUACGCUUUCCAAAAAAGAAUUAGAGAAAUUUUUAGGUGUUACUAGGAAAUUCCAUCAGGCUAGCAUAGUGCACGGUAUCCAUGUCCUGCGGAUUGUGAAGUACGAUAGACAAACAUUGGCGAUGCGUAGAGUUCAAUCAGAAUCAGUGGAUACUGAUCCAAUUGUGUGGACAAAUCAACGCUUUAUUCGCUGGGCUAGGUCAAUCGAUUUGGGUGAAUAUGCUGAUAACUUGAAAGAUAGCGGUGUACAUGGUGGCUUAGUGGUUUUGGAACCAUCAUUCUCUGGGGACACCAUGGCCACAGCCUUAGGAAUACCCCCGUCGAAGAAUAUCAUACGACGGCAUCUGGCUACUGAAUUUGAUGCCCUCAUUCUACCAGCAAGGGCAACACUUGGUCAAGGCAUUCGAUCUGGCUGUGGUAUAGUUCCUAUUACUGGACCUGGCGGACUUCAACACUAUGCCACGGCUGACCGACGUUCCAGUGGCAGCUUGAGGAUUUCGGCAUGGAAAGGAUCACAGAGUUCAUUGUCAAAAGCUUUUCGUUUUAAUGCAAAAGCACGCGGAGAACGCUCCUUUGGAAAUUCCACAUCUCCAACACCAUCGUACAGCAGUAGCGAGGGUGGAGGAGGAAUCUAUGCAACAAUUGGACCACCCCUAUUGCCACCCCCGACAACAGCACCACCACCGCCUCCACCCAGUCACCGGGUAAGUGCACCACCCGCAGCCUCGCAAUCCUCAGAUCCGACACUUGUUAUGGCCUAUGGCCAACAUAGACGGGUUAAAAGCAUCAGUGAUAUCGAAGUGAUGGCCGCUUCGCCUGUAUGAGAAUCAAUUAUUUAAGGGAUUUUUUUACAUACAAACAUCCCUGUAUAGCAACUAAAUCGUACUAUUCAUAUAGCUAUAUAUAUAAAUGUAUGUCUGGUAAUUAAUAUUUAUUUAUAAACAAAACAAUUUCUCAGAACAAAAACUUUGAAACUUUUGUGUUUUAUUUUAUUUUCUACAAUUUAUUUCCUAUUAUACUAAAGAAUGUGUGGUUGCGUUAUUAAUUAAAAAUUAUAUUAAACAAAUAAAACAACAACAAUUUAAAUGAAUUGAAAUUGAAUGUGAAUGAAUAUUAAGUCAUGAUGAUAACAUAAAUAUAUAAAUGAAAAAGGACCACAUUUAUAAAAUAGGACUUUAUAAAAAAAAAAAUAAACGAACGCUUUCACGAUUUUUAAAAUAAAACACAAAAUAUUAUUUUCCGAAAAUAUUAUAAAAUGUUAUAUAACUAAAAAAUACAGUAUUAACAAUAAAUUAAACAUAUCGCAAUUCAUCACACGACCAAAAAUACUCACCAAUUUCUCACUCAUAAAAAAAUCUAUAAUUAUUAUUAACAAUAUAAGAUUUUUUUAAAUAAAUAAACUGAAAAAAAUUAAUAAACAUCAAUAAAUAUGUUAACUUCUACAAUCAAUGAAAAAAGUAUUGCGAUAUGUGUUAAAGACAUACUGAACUACUUUGUUAUAUAAAAAUAUUUUUUUAAUAAAGUAUAAAUUUAAAUACAAAAACAAAAUACAUCACCGAUAAAAAGACAAUUAUAAAAAACAAUUUUAUUAGACGUUGCAGAGUCCUUUAACAAUGUUUAAUCAAUUAUUACUUUCUCAAAAAAGUUGUAUUAGUAAAAUUUUUGAAGAACAAAUCACUUUAAUUAUUUUAUACCAAUAAAGUUGUACGCAUUAUUUCUAAUUAAUACAAAAUGGGCUUAAAUUUUAAAUUCAUUCAUCUUCAUUUUUGACAGUUCAUAAUUUUUGACAUUCCUAAUUUCCAUCUAAUGAAAGACCAAAUUUUGUUGCAAAUGUAAAUAACAAAAAGAAAAUCGUUUUAGAAAUACUUUUCACUCUACAUUUAGAAUUUAAAGAAACAAAGUGAUAUUGUAAAUUCUUUGUCAGAAACGGAAGACAGUAUGGCAGUUUUGAAUGAUCACUAUUGUUUUGUAUAGCACAUUUCAAAAUCUUGUCAUCUAUACUUAGGGCAUAGCUGAUGAUUCAAUCAAAACUAUUGGCUAUGAUCAAAAUCGUUAAAGUACCAACGUUCGAAAGCAAAGUUUUUCAACGUUCAGUAAAAUUAAAUAAUUUUACAACUUUACUUCUUUAUUUUCCUUUCAAUAAAAUAUAAUAUCGUUACAACUUAUAACCGGGUUCCAAAUUUUUUGACAGAAUGACAGUAACAAUUCUUCUUCUUUUCCGUAAAAAGCUAUCAUAUUUUUGAGAACAAGUCUAGAAAUAAACAAUGGUCAGCUUGCCAGUUCUCAUUAAUUGCAAACUUGAAUUUUACUUUAAUAACCUUUAUACCUUCAAUUAACAAAAAGUAUUAAAAGACAUUAUUAUUAAAAAACAAAUUCAAUAUGUUACAAUUUGAAUUUUAGUAAAAUUCUAAAUAUUUCUUUUCCAUUUUAUUAUUUGACGAAAAACUCUUACAAAAUUUUAAAUGAAGUUAAGAUCCCAGUUGAUUAAAAAAACAAAACGGGAUUAGCUUAUAUUGGGCAGGUUCAAACAACGUAAGGGUCUUCAUUUGCAGUCAACAUCGUUCUGUGACCAUACAAUGGGCAGGUUAAGGUGACAUAAGGGCCUUGAAUGAAAGGCAAUUUUAUAAUAUCCGAUUGGCCAGCUGCCACUUCAUUGAAAUUUUGACUGGAAAGUUAGUCUACUUAUGUCAAAAUGACAGUUGAUCAUGUUUUUUCAUUCAACUGAAAGCUGAACUUUAUUACUAUAUGAUUUAUUUAUUUUCUGCACAACUCCAUUUAUUUUUUUCUGUAAAAGGGUUACUUGUCAAUUUCGAAAAGAAAUAAGUAAUAUCUUUUUACAAUAAAAAAUACAAAUCUUGAUAGACUUGUAGCUUGCCCAAGAAAUGUUUUGUAAACAAUAAAGUUUUUGGUAGAUUUUGUACAAACUGAAGGUAUAGGUUUGUGAAGUAAGGGCAUUAAUUUGAAAUUCAUGAAACUUGAAAAACUAACUAGUUGCCUUGGUCAAAAUUUACUUUCGAAGAAUGAAGUUGAUUGCAAAUUAAGUCCCUUAUGUUGUCUAAACCUGUCCAAUUUUACCAAGUACGUCGUUGGUUUUUCAAAUAUCAUAAAACACGAAACUUUAUUUUACUUCCCUCUACUUUCAGUUAAUCAUGCUAAAACUACCAAUAUCAUAAUUGUCUACAAAACACUCCUUGGGCAAGCUAAACGUUCGUCUCGACUUGUGUUUUGUAUUUUAUAGAAAUAUUACUUAUUAUUUUUCUAAUUUGACAAGGAGUCCUUUCACAUAAAACAUCAAGGGAAUUUGGGCAGAAAAUAAAUAAAUCGCAAUAUAAUAAAGUUCAGCUUUCAUUUGAAUGAAAAAUUACGAUUAGCUGUCAUUUUGACAUAAAUAAAAUUGUCUUGAUUUAUAGGGAGAUUUCGUAAGUCCCUUAGGGCAUAUUCAGCAAUCAUAAGGAACUUCAUUUGCAGUCAACUGGAAGCUUUGAAUGUAAAUACUGACAAAGGAAGCUAGUUAGUGUUUUAAGUGACAGGCGUAAGGGAGAUUUUUCUUUACCAACUUUCCAGUAAAGUUUCUUAAUUGAAAGAUAAUUUUGUGGCACCUGGCCAAUUAGAUAAUAGAAACUUGCCUUACUUUCAAGUCCCUUAUGUCCUCUGAACCUGUCUAUUUUGACACAAGAAUGCUCGACUUUGUGAAGUAACUCUCCACAAAAAACUUUAGCUUACCUUCAAGUCCCUUAUUUCAUCUGAACCUCUUUCUAAUCUCGAAAUUUCUGUUUGCUUGUCAAAAAGCUCAUACUCAAAUAAAAUGCAUCUGUCAAAUAUGAUUUUCCAUUGGUACAUUUAUAUAGGAUGACCAUGAUUUUUAAAUUGAAUUAUUUUUGUUAUUUUCUUGGGUUUUAGAUGUCAAAUUUUUAUUAUUCAGAUUCAUUGUAGAAUGAUAUGAACUUAACGUUUCAAAGUCCUUAAAUUUUUUUAUAUCAGAAUAACUUCUAAAACCUUUUUAACAUAGUUCUUACAUAGAAUUAUUUGAAUUUAAUAAAUCAAAACCCACAUCAAUCAUCCUGACAGAGUUUGUAUGUUCUUUUUAUUCUAUUCUUAAUUUUAUUGCUAUGUCAACAAGAAUAUUCCAAAUGCCAUUGUUAAAAAUUAUUGGGAUUAGAUUUUAGAAAAAUAGAAGUUUUUAAAGAUCUGAAUACAAAAUAAAAUAAUUUCAAAAAAAAUUGCAUCAAUAUUGGUGGACAAAAAUAGGAAAAAAUAAAUUGUUUAAGAAACCCUUUACAGUUCUAAGAAAAAGAGAUAUUUUUGUAUUAAUAAGAACGUUAAAUAUUUUCGUGCAUCCUCAUUUCGGUUUCUACAAAAACAAAAACUAAAACAACAUUUACAGAUAAAAAUACAUACAUGUUUUUUUU